AUGUCCGAAGACAAACUCGACGCGUCAUUAGAGCUCCUCAGAAGGUUGGACCCACAGGCAAUCGACAAAAACCUCACUAGCAUAUGCUCCCUAAUCACUAGCUCGAGCACCGAUGCCGACGAGUCGGCAGAGAUCGUCGCCGAUUUGCUUUCGUCGGUAGAUGUGCCGCUCAAGAUUUCAACUUGUGCGAAAUCAGGCAAAGACUACUUAUGUUGCGACUAUAAUCGAGAUGGCGAUAGCUACAGAUCGCCCUGGUCCAACAUGUACUAUCCUCCACCCGAAGACGAGGACGAGGCGCCUCCGCCUUUCCCCAGUGAGUUGUUGAGACAAUUGGAACUCAAGGCCAAUGACGCGUUUGACAUCUACCGCGACUUGUACUACGAAGGCGGGAUCUCAAGCGUCUACUUCUGGGACACUGCAGAUGACGAAGCCGAGGACGUGAGUUUAGACGAUGGGUUUGCCGGUGUGGUGUUGUUCAAGAAGGAGACCAGCGACAAGACAGGCAAGUGGGACUCGAUACAUGUUCUUGAAGUUGUACCGGAAAGCAAAAGCAAAGUGCUCUACAAAUUGACCACUUCGGUGAUAUUGGACUUGCAAAGCAAGCUGCAGAAUUCGCUUAGUUUGAGUGGAAACUUGACAAGACAAUUGGAACAGACGCAAUUGUUGGAUCUAACCGGCGGCGUCAAUUUGGAGACCAACCAUUUGAUCAACAUUGGCACCUUGGUGGAGAAGGCCGAGUACAACAUCAGAAACGUGCUCCAGGAGGUUUAUUUCGACAAGUUGAAAGAUGUCAUGUUGAAAGAUUUGCGAUCUUUAGACGGCGGGUCCUCGGAAAGGGCAUUUAGUGCUAACCAGGCUGAUAUCGUCAAAGGUUUGGAGGGUUUGUGA